AUUUUGAAUCGGGGGGGAAGUUUACAGUCAGAGCGCUGACGGAGUUUCAGAGAGUUCGCUGCUGUGCGCUCCCGGUGCGUCACACGCUCAAACCCUCCGUUGGAAGCGCGCGCGGCUCCAGACUGAUCCUACAUGCGAACACAGAUCGGCUCUCUCUCUCCCUCCACACUCCGCAGGCUGCGUUUCCUCUCACAAGCUCGAAUUCCGCUUUUCUACUCCGUGGCUGCAUCUUUUGGAGUGAAAUGGAUGUCAUCCCCAUGUGUAGCAUCUUCCAGGAGCUCCAGAUUGUGCACGACACCGGAUACUUUUCAGCGUUACCGUCCCUGGAGGAGUACUGGCAGCAGACAUGCCUCGAGCUGGAGAGGUACCUCCAGAGCGAGCCCUACGUCUCAGCCACCGACCUCAAAUUUGAGAGCCAGGAGGACCUGUGGAGCAAGUUGAUGCUCGCCUGCGGAGACAAGUCAACCGAGCAGGACCCAAAGAUCCCCCACAUCAAGGAGGAGGAAGACAAUCAGGACAGCCAGCACCUCGACGCCGGCGGCUUCAACUCUGACGCCAGCAGCGAGGCCUCGGACAGCUCCGAGGAGCUCUCCCCGACCCUCGACUUCUCCUCCGGCUCUUUGACUGACAUUCUGGGAGACGGUGGCGAAGACCUGGGCUCCGCCAUCAUCAGCACGCCGCCGUCCUCGCCCGAGCUGGGCAAGGAGAGCUCUGUCACCCAGGUGUGGAGUGGGAUACAGACUGUGCUGCACUCACCUGGGAAAAUAAGAACUGGGGGCAUGGAGAGGACCCUGGAGCGGUCGGGGCUGACCAGCGGGGAGGCGUCGCCUGACGGCAGGAGGCGGGUGCACAGGUGUCAAUUCAACGGAUGCAGGAAGGUGUACACCAAGAGCUCGCACCUCAAAGCACACCAGCGCACACACACAGGUGAGAAGCCCUACAGGUGUUCAUGGGAGGGCUGUGAGUGGCGCUUUGCACGAAGCGACGAGCUCACCAGACACUUCAGGAAGCACACCGGAGCAAAGCCAUUCAAAUGCAGUCACUGCGACAGGUGUUUCUCCCGCUCUGACCACCUGGCGCUGCACAUGAAGAGGCACAUCUAAAGAUGGCCUCCGUGUCGAGAGCUCUGUGGGAUGAUUCGGGUUGAUUGUCCUGACCUGUUGGGGGAUCAGCGAGGCCGGUGUGUCCUGGGAGCGUUAACAGGGACACCGCCGUGUUCCAGUCAGUGGAAAAAGAUGAAGCAACGCAGGCUAUUAUUUGCACCAUACUUAGUGCCUCCAACACCUCGCUGUGGAGAUUGCUCUUGAAAGGCUUUUUACAGAGGAACAGGAGGGCGGGGAGAGAGAGAGAGAGACAUGAAGAACUGGAAACAACCUGGGCUGGAGAGGAAGAACGGGAAGAGACUCUUCUGUAUGGUGUUCGACGCUUUUUUCCCGGAGGAUUAUGGGACUCCCCCCCGUGGCUGGGGGGGUGGGCGGGAGGGGGGUCGCCGGUCCUCCAAUGACAGUGUGUUUGCCUGUGCGCAUGGGGACUGUGAGUGCCUGCGACUGGAUGCCUGUGCUGGCUUUAUGGAGCGGAUGGAUGGAGCUUGCAUUGUGGAAACUGCGAGUGAAUGACACGGAGAGGGUUUUUUUGUUGGCGGGGGGAUGUUUGUGGUCUCACUGAGAAUGAAUGCAAGGGUUCUGUCUGUGCUGUUUGAGUCUAUAUCGGCUGUGGAGGGGGAGCGAGGGGGGGUUUGUUUUGGUGGAGCUAGAUUUUUUUUUUUUUUUUUUUGGCUAGAGAGAGCGCCCCCUCUCUGCCCGGAGGUGGAACUACAGCUCCCUCACUUUUUUCGAACACGUGGGAGGUCGUUUUGUUUUAGUGCAGCUAUUAAAUGUGCAAUGUAUUAUGUAGCCUGUCUCAAAAAAAAAAAAAAACAUACACGCUAUAAAAAGCUCAUUUUGUUGUCCAUUGUGUAAGCUCUGUAUCUGAAAGAAAAAACACAAAAAAAACACAAAAAAAACAAACGGUUGUACACAAACAGUUAUGCCAUUAUAACAGACGUUGCAUGGGAUCUGGGGAUGUGUUGCUCACCUGUUUGCUUAUAGGACAACAAAAUUCCACUCGAGAGCAGCUACCUUCAUAUUACUCAAUAUCAUAGUAUUGUACAAAAAAACACAUAAGGCAGUCAUUUUGUUUUCUUGAGUUUCUUGAUACGUUGGGGAUACCACUAUUGCUUGGCAACUGUCUCGAUCAUGGGAUUUAUCUGUUCCUUUUCUCUUCACUCUUUUGCUCUUCUUCUUUCGUUUCUAUCUGUAAAUGCACUGUUGACCUUACUGAUGCCUUAUGUAAGUGGCCUUGUCCUGUUGAAUAGAUCUCUCUUUCUCACACACACACACACACCAAACGGGCGUUGCGAAUGCACUAGUGCGUUAAUGAAUUGCUUUAUAAAGGCUCUGAUCCAUACAGUCGCACCUUCUUUUUUUUUUUUUUCUUUUGUCUGGCGACAGACUGCUCUAAACUUCUAAAUAAUAAUAAUAAUAAUAAAAAAAAUCUAUAUAUCAACUUCACGAUGACUGCCAUUUUUACAUCUCUGUGCAUUAUUUGUUAAAAUAUAUAACAUAAAAUAUAUCGAAAUUCCCCCCCCAGAUGAUCCGGGUCUGAGGUAGAAUUGUGGAGCACUCGGAGAAGCGAUUCAGUUUUUUGUAAAAAGCUUACUACUAUGUAGUACGAGGCGGUGUGGAUGCACUUCAGAUGGACUAUAACUUGCUGUCUAAAGGUACAGAGUCUUUGGAAAUAUGUUCUCAUGAAUUGUGGCGCGCUCGGCCACCACGCUUGCGAGGAAUUAGGACAUUUACAGCUCGCUGUUCAGGCCGCUUGUCUCUGUCAAUGUGUCAAAAUGCUUACAGUCUGUUUGGAGGCAGAUGUGACGACGUUCUCAGUCACGAGUCUGUUUUUUUGAUGUUGUAUGUUUUGGUAAAGUCUCGCCCCUCGGGGUGAGUCAGUCUCUUUACUCAGUCCUGGUUUUUAAACGACCCGUGAUCUGAUUAAACGGUACCAAAAGCCGGUCUAACCAGUUUCAAGCUGAGCUGUUGCUGCAGGUGUAGACGUUUCUGUCUGCAGGUGAGCAGAGACCAGAGACCAGGACCAGAUGUGUGUCAGCUUCACUAUAUGCAUGUUUUUUAGGAAAAAAAAAAAAAAAGAAAGAAAAAAAAAACCUUUCAGUUUCUGUACAUGACUUCAACACACUCCUCUGUGGGUUGAUACAAAUUCUCUGUCAAGGUUCAAAGAAAUUCCCUUCAGUUUCACAAUCGGAUGAACUCAAUCACCAUCUUUCCCCCGACAUAUUCUGGAGCCGCAGUGUUUUUAUGGACGAUACGUUUUGUUGAAACGGUAACAGCAUCAUGGAAGUGUUGACAAAGACUUUGUCUGCUUUAAGGACGACCGCUGUUGUAGGUCAACACCUGCGCAGACAGACAGACGCACCUGGUCAACGUUAAAUAAAGUCCGCACACUGAGAGCUGUCAAGAGUUGCAAAGAUAUGUACAUUGUAAACUAAGAGAAUUUUGUAAGAAAGCUUCUAUUUUGAAAGGAUGUGGGACCAACAAACACAGUGCGGCGCGUCGUUUGUAAAGAUGAACCGAUAAAAGACGAGAGGCCGAGGACUUAUUGUAAAAUAGACGCACUCCAUUCUCAUCACUCUGCUUCUGUAACAUCUUUGGGUUUUUUUGUUAGUUUUUUUUUUUUUGUUUGACUGGAGGAAGGAAGAGCAAAAUGUACGUUUUUAUAAAAAAAAAAAAGAAGAAAAACAAAAGGCAUCAACUGCGUAUACACCUGUGGCCUAUCAUCAUCUUUCAAGAAAAAAAAAAACAACAAAAAAAUACUUUUCAGACGUGAAUUGUUCUGGACACUUGAAUUGUCAUCAUUUUUGCAUUCCGGUGCCCGUUAAGUAUUAUGUUUUGUUUUUUUUUUAUUUGCCAUGUGAUUUCUUUCUCUCUCAACUUGACCUGGCGGAAGAGAAGACACACCUUAUCUUUAGCUCGAGAAUCUUUAUUGGAUAAAACAUGGAGAUAAAAAAAAAUUUAAAAUUAAAAAAAAAAAAUAUGAGGCUCUAUUUUUGUUUGUUUUAUGGCAUAACAAGAUUUUUUCAUUUGAAAUUGUUUUGUAAAAUAGUUUCUGUAUGAAUGUAUUUUUUAUUGGAAAAUCGAUAAAAAAGAAUUUAUUGGA